AAAAAGACAAACAUCUUGACAUCAACACUUCAUCUUCGGAGGAUAGUUUCGACGAGCGCUUGGCUGCCCUUACUUCAACAUUAUGACCAUCAUAUAUGAGUCAAAUAGAUGAAACGGAAGCUCAUCCAACUGUAAUGGAAAACUCCACGGACGAAUACAGAUUCCAGUCAUUUGACCCAGACACACAGAUGUUACUGAAAACUGCCUUGAAAGAUCCAAGUUCGGUGGAUCUGGAGAAAGUGUCUAACAUCAUUGUAGAUCAGUCUCUAAAGGAUCAGGUGUUCAGCAAAGAGGCGGGCCGCAUUUGCUACACUAUUGUCCAGGCUGAGGCCAAGCAAAGCGAUGGAAAUGUAUUCAGGCGAAACCUGUUGAACCGACUGCAGCGGGAGUUCAAGGACCGCGAGGACAUGCGGGCUCGCUCGAUACACGAGUGGGUGUGCUAUGUCACCUUUAUCUGCAACAUUUUUGACUACCUCAAGGUGAACAACAUGCCCAUGGUGGCCCUGGUCCAUCCGGUUUAUGACUGUAUGAUGAGACUGGCACAGCCGGAUGCCCUAAAGAACGAAGAGGAGGUGGACUGUCUGGUUCUUCAGCUGCACCGGAUUGGAGAGCAGCUGGAGAAGGCGAACAGCCAGCGGAUGGACCAGCUGUUCUUUCUGCUCCGGGACGGAUUCCUCCUCCAGGAAGGCCUUACUUCCAUGACACGCCUGCUCCUCUUGGAAAUCCUAGAGUUCAGGGCUGGAGGCUGGAUGCUCAGCAGCACUGCCAACAAGUACUACUACAGCGAAAUAUCUGACUGACGGAGGUGCAAAGCAUUAGACCUUCAAAAUACAUGAGAGCCCUCACUUCUUUUUAAACUGAUGACAAAAAAAACAGCAGCUCUUCCAGGCAGUUAGAACAGCCUGACGAGAGAAUCAUUCAUACAAAAGCUUAGUUUUGGGUGUGUUGUGCAGAUUGACUGAGAAGUGGUGGCUGUGGAUUGUGCAAUAGUUCAGAAAGCUUUCAAUUUUAUGUUUCUAAAUGACAUAUUUUUAAAUUUGAAAGUCUUUUUCUUUAUUUUAAGACCAUGUUCAUUCUAGCUGGAAAAGACAUUCCAGUCUGAUGCAAACCAAGAUCUUUACUUUAUGUUUAGUAGAAAAUUACCUUUUCUAUUUCAGUGUAACAUGACAAUUUAAAAAAAAAACACAUUUUAGUUUACCUCCAGUUUUGCUGUUAUAUUCCACUUUCUGUUUUGUGUGACCAUUUUUUUAUAAAUGAAAUCAAUUCAGGGUUGUUCUUUUAAUAUAUCAAAAAGACCAAAUGCUAAUUAUUUUUAUCAGCUUUUUUUUACUAAUUAGAAAACCUAAAUAAUAAAUUAAAUCUGCUCUAUACAUUACAUAAAUAGUGCAGAAAAAUGACUGAUUACUAAAAGGAGCUUCAUUUCCAGAAGAAAAUGCAGGGUUGAAUGAUAUUGCUGAAUGAUAAUAAAGGUUAAUAAUUGGCACCAAAAAAUACUUAAUAGAGAAAUGAUCAAAUUUGACCAUAAACAUAGUGAAAAAAGCAGAAUAACAAAGAGAUAUUUUCGUGAAAAAUGCCAACGCCGGGUCUUGAACCAGCGAGCUUCUGCACCAAGCAUUCCCCAUGUAUCUCAAUGGAUUCAAAGAUCCUGGAAUAUCUUGAUGAUGUUCAUGGAUUUGAAGGACCGAAAGUCAUAGCUGGAAAAAGCUGAACAUUUUAAUAGUUGAAUGGUUAAAAUAGCUGAAAAAUUGUAUGAGUUGAGUGGCAGAAAAUGGCAUAAGAUCCUAUAAGAAAGAAA